UGCGUUGGGCUUUGCUGCUGAGUUCACUUGGCUGGGAAAAGAGUUGCUUUAUUCCCAUGCACGUUUUGAAACGGCGCAUUAAAUGCUGCUGGCGCGGAGCUUUGGCCCCUUCUGCACGUGCAAAAUAAUGCACUUUCAAUCCAGUUUCAAUGCGCUUUGCCGCUGGAUUUUACCGUGCGGAAUAGCAAAAUCCACUUGCAAACAAUUGUGAAAGUGGAUUGAAAGUGCAUUAUUCUGCAUGUGCGGAAGGGGCCUUUGACCAGGGAGAUUCCGCGGCUGGGGUUGCUGGGCUGGGAAGUUUCUCUCCCAACAUCUGCUUCAGUCAAGCAAGGAUUUCUGAUAAAGGUCUUAAUGGGCAUGCGAGGUUCAUUUGACCUCUUUCUACUGGUAACUUUUUUGAAAAGGUGUUUUUCCAGCAGUGGAAUAUACUAGGUGUGGGUCGUAUAGAUGGGGUCAUGGGAGUAGACUCUCUGCAUACUGGCCACAGCUACUGACCAGAUGGUGGGGUAUGGCUUAGUAGCCUUCAGCUUGGCUGUCUUCACUUACUAUACUACCUGGAUUAUCAUACUGCCCUUCAUUGAGAGUGACCACAUCAUUCACAAGUACUUUUUGCCCCGGGAAUACUCAGUUAUCAUCCCUGUGGUUGCUGGGUUGCUGCUGCUGCUCUUUGUUGGAGUGUUUAUAGCCAUCGUGGUCUGGAAGAAUAAGAAGCCGUCCAAGAAAUCUGCCUGAGGGGGACAGAAGGGAAGAGGCAUGGAGAAAAAUGGCAACUGGUGUACCGGUAUUUGUUCCAGGACAAUUCAGCCUCUGAGAACUGGCCGCUAUCUAGGAAGGACUCUGAGACUCUGCAGCCUGUACCCAUUGGGGGCUUGAUCACCAGUAUCCGGACCAAAUAGAUUCAAAGCUGUCUCACUUCGAGGGACCAGAACUGAUGCUCCUUUUCUGUGCUCACCUGUUGGGAUGCAUCAAACGGUCCAAUUGCAGUCCUGGUGGCUCCGUGACCUGCGUCCAGUCUAAAAGCGAGCAAACAAUUGGGUGCUAAUUUUGCCCUCUGAUCAUAUGCAUGUUCCGCUUUUAACUCCUCUUCUAAAUUUCCAGAUAAGAUCCAAACAGUUUUUGCUUUAGGGAUUCGCUCUGUGCUUUCCCCAGAGCUGAACAAUUCCCUAGAUC